AUGCUGAUCAGUGACUACAUCCAACACCUGGAAGAGAUUGUCCAUCAUAUUUCACAUAUUUCAACAGUAGAUAACUUGUGCUGCACUGGCGUUCCCCAGUCCCCGGUCAAGACCCAAAUCGCCUUCCAUUUGGUAGACAGUGAUGGCAGGGCCUUGUAUGAUACAAGUUUUCCAGACUUCAGUGAGGACGUGUUGAAGAAAGUCUUGAGCUGGAAGUUGUCCCAGCCGACCUACUUUAACUCUGAGCUGCUGAAUUUCUACAAGGAGAGGUUCAAAGCCAGGUCCAAGGCUACUGUCAAGGUCUUGAUGAUCUUCUCUGAUGGACUCGAUGAAAACGUCGUGAGUCUACAGCGGGAAUCAAAGCUGCUGCGAGAGUCUGGGGUCAGCGCCCUGCUGGCCGUGGCUCUGAGGGGCACUGACCACGCUCAGCUACAGAAGGUGGAGUUUGGCCGUGGAUUCGGGUACACUGAUCAGCUCAUAAUCAGCAUGCCGAGCAUCGGCAGCACCAUAUUCCAACAGAUUAGCACUGUGACAGCUCGGGAAUGCUGCGGAGUGAUGUGCAAAUGUUGGGGAGACAAAGGCCCCCGUGGUCUUCCAGGCCCCCCAGGGGUAAAGGGUGAGGAGGGAGAGCGGGGUCAUCCAGGUUUCCCGGGAGAAGAAGGAGUCAGUGGCGAGCGAGGUCGUCCUGGACUUCCUGGACUUCAGGGGAUCCGGGGCUGUCCUGGGAGCAGAGGACAGAAGGGCUACCGAGGCAUCUCAGGCAACAAGGGCGACGACGGCGAGGAUGGACUGAACGGCAUCGAUGGAGAGCAGGGAGACACGGGACACAGUGGACUGAAAGCAGACCGAGGACCGCCGGGAAACCCAGGUACCCCGGGGACAAAAGGCGAGCUGGGGCUGAAAGGACAGAAGGGACUGAGAGGAGACCCGGGCACCCCGGGUGUCGACAACAACAGACCAGGACCCAAAGGAGACCCUGGCAGCCCAGGGAGACCAGGUGAUCCUGGUUCAGACGGGUACGGGGGUGACGGUGGACUCGAUGGAAACCCGGGUCGUAACGGAAGAAGAGGUCCCAGUGGUGAGAAGGGGUCACCUGGCGAGAAAGGAAACCGAGGACCUUCUGGUAUCCCAGGUGCUGCUGGGCCACAGGGCCCUGCUGGGGAGAAAGGGGAACCUGGACCCAAAGGAACACCUGGUUUUCCAGGAAAUCAGGGUGAACAUGGAUCUGUUGGAGAACCAGGGCUACCUGGAAGUCGUGGCCCUAAUGGGCAGAAGGGCCAACCAGGAGAACCAGGUGUGAAGGGUGUGCGGGACCACGGGACCCAGAGGAAUGGUCUGGAUGGUCGUGACGGGUUUGGACCUGAAGGACCGAAAGGUUCCAAGGGAGAUGCUGGUUUUCCUGGUUACCCUGGUAUACCGGGCGACGAAGACAUCUGCUUCCUCAGCAAGGAUGCUGGCGACUGUGUGAAUUACACCGUCAAGUGGUUCUUCGACCACAAACGCAGCGUCUGCUCUCGCUUCUGGUACAGCGGCUGCGGAGGCAACAAAAACCGCUUUGAGACACAGGCAGAAUGGCACCCGGGUGUCGACAACACCAGACCAGGACCCAAAGGAGACCCCGGCAGCCCAGGGACACCAGUAAGGCACAUCCAUACUCUGCAUGUAAAAGAUGGAAGUAGUGACCAUGACAUCACCCACUGGGUGAUCCUGGUCCAGACGGGUACGGGGGUGACGGUGGACUCGAUGGAAACCCGGGAGACGGGGGGAACAGCGGCCAACCUGGACCCAAAGGAAUGCCUGGUUUUCCAGGAUCUCAGGGUAAACAUGGAUCAGUUGGAGAACCAGGGCCAGCUGGAGGUCGUGGACGUAUUGGACAGAAGGGCCAACCAGGAGAUCCAGGUGUGA